CAUGGAGUGGUAAUCCUUCCAGGUAUCGUGGAGCUCCGCGAGGAUGUCCCGCUGAAGCCGGGCGGCGGGGCGGGCGCGCGGCUGUGCGCCGGCGGACCGCGCCUCAUCCUCGCCGCCUUCGCGGUCCUCACCGCCGCCGUCACACUGGCUCUGCUCACCCAAAUCUACUAUGGAGACUAUGAGGUGGUCCCGCACGGCUCGGUGUCGUCGUCGGCGGCGGCGUGCUCGCGCGCGGGCACGGCGGUCCUGCGGGCGGGUGGGCGCGCCUCCGACGCCGCCGCCGCCGCCGCACUCUGCCUCGCCGUCCUCGCCCCGCACCGGACUUCACUCGAUGCGAGUGGAUCGCUAGUGUACUGGGAGUACAGAUUGUCGCGCACCCAGCUGCCGACGGUGGUUGAGUGGGGGGGCGUGGAAGAGGUCGCAGUGAAUACAAGCGUUCGUCCACCGCGUCUACUGGUGGCUCUUGCCGCGCUGCAUGAGAAGCUUGGCGUUCUGUCCUGGGCGCAGGUGUUGCAGCCGGCGAUUGACAUCGCUAGAGAAGGAUUCCCGGUAUCAGAUAGUCUAGCGUUAGAAGCGCAGUCGCGAGGCAUCGAAGGCUACGCGCCCGCCGCACUGCGCACCGAGCCUGCAAUCGCUGACUACCUGGAAUCUCUACAGCAAAAUACUACGACAGAGUUAUGUGCAGUGUGGCCGUGCGACGCGGUGCGUUGGCGGUCAGCGAGCGCGGCGCCGGCGGGGCGCUGGCGCGUGUGGGCGGCGGGCGCGGGGGGGGCGGCGGCGGCGCGCGCACUGGGGGCGCUCGCCGACCCCCCCGCCGCGCCCGGCACUGCUCUCACGCGAGUAAUAGCCAGCCUGCAGGCGGCGGGGCGGGCGGCGGGGCGGGGCGCGGCGGCGGGGCUGGCCGUCGUCGACUCGCAGGACACCUACGCGGCUCUCGUCACAGGUCUCUCGACGCCGUUUGGGUCUGAGGCCGGGGCACCCAGCUCGGGCAGCGCCUGGGUGCGAGACACACCCACCGCUCCGCUGGACCUCGCGCCAGCAAUCAUUACCGACGAGACCGUUUGCGGCACUCGCUACGUGAUGGGCGCGGAGUCAGCCGCAGCGCUGGCCGAGGGCGCGACGAACGCCUUGCUGGCGGGGAGCGCGGGCGCGGUGGACGCGGUGGAGCUCGCCCGCGUGCUCGUGCUGCCCGACGGCUCGCUGGCGCUGGAGCCCGGGCGUACCGCCCCCGAGCUCCCCGGCCUCGCCCCGCUCCCCACCCUCAACGCCUCCACGCCCCUGCCCGCGCUCAACUUCGUCCAGCAGAUAGGCGACGCGUUGCUCUCGCACGCCGACAGCCGCGGCGGCGGGCUCGCGUCGCGCUUCUGAUUUAUUUAUUGUUGUCUUUAUAUUUCGUUGUUAAUAAAUUAUUGCUUUU